AUGGCUUAUUCGUCUAACGACCCGGCUGCUACCGACGCAGCCAGUUGGUUGGUUAAACUGGAGGAAUCGUGUUCGUCCCUGAAUUCUGCUGAAUGUCAACCGGAUGAUAUUCCGCUCUCCAAACAUCAAAUGGAUGCAGAGGAUCGUCUUACCGAGCAUUGGCUGGAAGCGAUUGACGAAUACGAUCCGUUUGGCGUAGGAAUUCAAAGCGACAUUCCGUUGCAAAUUCAGAUUCUGGUCGAAGCUGGAUUUCAAAAGCAGGUGGAAUGGAUUCAAUCUCGCUUGUUAUCCGCCUGCUCCGCACGUGUGGCCAGCAUCACCUGCCAAAGCGUUGCCCAAACCAGCAAGUCCAUUUACUACGUCACUCUGAGAUGUAAUUCGGCGUGCCCGAUUUUACCACGCGACGUGGAGGACUCGUCGGCCCUGCGUUCGGGAUUGUUCCGCUUUGCAAUGACCGAAUUAAAUCUGUAUCCGUCGACGCCGCACACUCUGCUCUACCCGCGCAUUCCGCUCGAGUGGUCGGCCGACACGCUCUACUCCGUCGCCCGGCUCCUGGGUCCCGUCCGCCAGAGCCAAGUUGAUUUCAAUUUGUCGUCGGUGAAGCCGGUCCCGUUACCGUUUAUCGAUUGGCCAGCAGCAGCAGCGCAACUUUGACUUGCUGGGCGUGAUUGCUGCGCUGAUGCCGGCCGGCCGUACGUCUGUUCAUGUUCAAUCACUUUUCGUCAUUGCCGGAAUUUUAUAGAUUUCUGCACCUGUCAAUU